CCCGCGCCGCUGAGCUAGCCCGCUCCGCAACCAAACGCACCUACAUCCGGGACGUAGUGAUGUGCGCGAUGUAAACGUAUUGUCGCUAUCGAUAGACGCGGUGAUCGUGACAAACAUGAUGACUAUGGACGUCGGGAUGUACAACAACCAACAGAACGGGUACGGAGGCGCCGAGUACUAUCAGCAGGGGACCGGGUACCAGCCGCCUUACGAGGGCUACCACGAGGGAUACUACGAGCCGACGACUCACUACUACGAGCCUUUACUGCCCGGGCAGCCGGCCCACGACCACCCCCCCGCGCCGGUCAUAAGCACGGACACGGGACUGUGUUACACGAAUUUGGAUUACGGUGACCUGCAGCCAAAUUACCCUUUACACGCCUUACCGCAGCAUCCGAUUGAGCCGUUCAAGCACCGGGAUGAGGUCCCGAGACCGGAGGAGAUGCACUUACACGAGCACAAGCUCGACAACCACUACUUGGAGACAAAAUAUAAUAUGCAUUUCGUUGAUGAGUCCUCCAUGCAGUACAACCACUCGGGGUCCCCGCUCUCUUGCGCGGAGUUUGAGCACUACCAGCCCAAAGAGGAGUACGGAGGACUGAGGGAGGGAUUCCCUCGUGAAGGAGAGACGAUGUCGCACCUUAUCCCGAGCGGUCACCAAUCCCACCCCUCUCACGCCACUGUGCCGACCUACAAAUGGAUGCAAGUCAAGAGAAACGUACCCAAACCAACCGCGCCGAAGCUGAUGAUACCACCAGCAGAAUUCGUCAGUCAAGGCGUCCUGGGCAGUCCACAAGACGGAAUGCGCACACCAACGGGCCCCCAAAUGAUGGGCAAUCCCUUACUCAACCUGAACAACACUGGACGGACUAACUUCACCAAUAAACAGCUCACGGAAUUGGAAAAAGAAUUCCACUUCAACAAAUACUUGACCCGGGCGAGGAGGAUAGAAAUAGCCUCAGCGUUACAACUCAACGAGACGCAAGUUAAAAUAUGGUUUCAGAACAGAAGGAUGAAGCAGAAGAAACGGAUCAAGGAGGGGCUGAUAGUAGCGCCCGAGGCCGCCCCGACCACGUCAACCCAAACAAGUGUGGGCUCUAAUGAAAACAGCCGGGAGUCCAGUUAAGUGUAUUGUGGUCCAAAAUCGCAUCUAUACAGACGAUUGAAUUAAGUUAUAAUAAAACAUUGUUUUUUAUGAGUGAGGACGUACAGCUUGUUCAUGUUCAUGCGA